UUGCUUCCUAUAAAUUAACGAGGCCGCGUCUCUCUCGGUCUCGUUCUCUGUCCCACCGCUUCUCCACCAAUCACUUCCUUCUCUCUCUCUCAGAUCUGCAUCUACCAGAGAUUCUCCUCCUUUUCCUUUUCUGCAUCUUUUAAAAGCACCAUGGUUGGACCUCUGGAAUCUGAUCAAACAAUCUUCGACAUGUCUGGAAAAAUCGAAAUACUGUCCGAUGAUUUCGAUCCGACCGCUGUAGUCACCGAACCGUUACCAUCCCCGGUAACAAACGGAGGAGGAGGAGAAAGAGAAAUGGUUAUGGGGAGGAAUGUGCACACGACGUGUCUCGCCGUGACAGAACCGGAGUCAAACGACGAGUUCACGGGAGACAAGGAAGCUUACAUGGCUAGCGUUCUCGCUCGUUACCGCAAAACUUUGGUUGAACGAACCAAAUAUCAUCUAGGUUAUCCAUAUAACUUGGAUUUCGACUACGGUGCGCUUGGGCAGUUACAGCAUUUCUCAAUUAACAACCUGGGAGAUCCGUUUAUCGAAAGCAACUAUGGAGUGCACUCUAGGCCUUUCGAGGUUGGCGUCUUGGAUUGGUUUGCUCGUCUCUGGGAGAUUGAGAGAGAUGACUAUUGGGGUUACAUCACCAACUGUGGUACUGAAGGAAACCUUCACGGCAUCUUAGUUGGGAGAGAGAUGUUACCUGAUGGGAUUCUGUAUGCUUCGACCGAAUCUCAUUACUCUGUGUUUAAAGCUGCUCGUAUGUAUCGAAUGGAAUGCGAGAAGGUUGAUACGCUUAUCUCUGGGGAGAUUGACUGUGAUGAUCUCAGACGAAAGCUGUUGGCUAACAAAGAUAAACCCGCCAUUCUUAAUGUUAACAUAGGUACAACGGUUAAAGGAGCCGUUGAUGAUCUCGACCUUGUUAUCAAAACUCUUGAAGAGUGUGGGUUCUCACAUGACAGGUUCUAUAUUCACUGCGAUGGCGCUCUCUUUGGACUUAUGAUGCCUUUUGUCAAACGUGCACCAAAAGUCACGUUCAAUAAACCGAUAGGGAGUGUGAGUGUGUCGGGCCACAAAUUCGUCGGGUGUCCAAUGCCUUGUGGUGUUCAGAUAACAAGAAUGAAACACAUCAAAGUCCUAUCCAGCAACGUUGAGUACCUGGCGUCAAGGGAUGCGACAAUCAUGGGAAGCAGAAACGGACAUGCUCCUCUGUUCCUUUGGUACACUCUUAACCGCAAAGGCUACAAAGGAUUCCAGAAAGAAGUUCAGAAGUGCCUGAGAAACGCCCAUUACCUUAAAGACAGACUCCGUGAAUCUGGGAUCAGCGCCAUGCUCAACGAGCUUAGCAGCACCGUUGUCUUUGAAAGGCCCAAGGAUGAAGAGUUCGUUAGGAGGUGGCAGCUUGCUUGCCAAGGCGAUAUAGCUCAUGUGGUGGUGAUGCCGAGCGUUACAAUCGAGAAGCUCGAUCAUUUUGUGAAAGACCUGGUCGAACACAGAUCGAUCUGGUGUAAGGACGGAUCUCAAACACCAUGCCUUGCAAAGGAUGUAGGUGCCAACAACUGCGUCUGUCCAGCUCACAAGUGACCUUGCAGUUUUUUCAACCAUAUGUUUGCUAUUUCUUUGUUUCUUGUUUAAAUUUCUAUCCGUUGCAGUCAUGAAUUUUUCGUAAAAUUUUCCAGUUUCGCUUCAGUUAUUAAUAAAAGUCUAUGAUUUAAAAACCA